AUGGCAUCGCAUCCAGAAUCGUACCAAAAGCUCAGCUUCCCAACCCUCCUCGUCUCCCACCACCCGCCGUCCUCGCCGUCUCCAACCCCCGUCAUCAUCGUCAAACUCCACCGCCCCUCGCACCGCAAUGGCUUCACCGACACCAUGGCCGACGACCUCGUGACCGUCUUCAGCACCCUGUCCCUCGACCCCCGCGUCAAAGCCGUCGUCCUCACCUCCUCCGACCCCAAGAACCACAUGUUCAGCGCCGGAAUGGACUUCUCCUCGACCCAGGGCGUCGCGCCCACCGCCGAGCUCCACCGCGACGGGGGCGGCCGCAUCUCCGUCGCCAUAUACAGAUGCAACAAGCCCGUCAUCGCCGCCAUCAACGGCCACGCCGUCGGCGUAGGCAUCACCAUGACCCUCGCCGCCAACAUCCGCAUCGCUAGCUCCGAGGCCAGGAUCGGCUUCGUCUUUGGCAGGAGGGGCUUCUGUCUCGAGGCCUGCAGCAGCUUCUUCCUGCCCAGGCUGAUCGGCACGUCCAGAGCUUUGCAUCUGACCACCACGGGCGCCGUCUACCCGGCGAGCCACAGGCUCCUCGACGGACUGUUCAGCGAGGUCGUCCCCCCCGAGGACGUCUUGCCCACGGCGCUGAAGAUUGCCGAGGAUAUAGCCGUCAAUGUGAGCAAUGUCUCGUCGAGGCUCAUGAAGGACAUGAUUUACACAACGACGAGCUCCCCAGAGGAGGCGCAUUUGCUCGAGAGCAAGCUGUUUCAUGGCUUGUGGCACGGCAAGGAUGCAAAAGAGGGUGUUGAAAGCUUCAUGAAAAAGAGGCAGCCCGACUUUAAAGGCACCAUGGAAGAUGGCUUGCCAUACUAUCCGUGGUGGACGCCCGUUGAUGUCAAGCCGCCUGCUAAAUUGUAG